UUCGCGAAAACAGCUCUCAGUUCAAGUUGGGCGCUGUAACUGAAGCUGCUGCAUUCCACCAUGAGAUCUUUCGUUGUCAUCUGUAUCGUUGCUGCCAUCGUGCUGUUUGCCGCGGCAAGUGCGCAGCAGAAUUAUGACGGCAGGAAUGGACCGCAUCAGUUUGGCAGCCCGGAAAAUGGGAUUUACAUACGCGGCCAGAACGAAGGACCCUACAAUGUGCCUGGCGUGGGUGGCACAUUCCAGAACUCGCCCUCAAGUGGAAGACAUGAGUACACAGAUGAACAUGGAAAUACCUACACUCACUCUCACUCCCAGUCAGAAGCAUCAACCGCAAAAGGCCUGGCUUGGGCCAUCACCUCCGGCUUGGCAAUCAUCCCGGUCAUGUUUAUGCGUUCAUAUUAAUUACAAAUAUAGAUUAAGAUAUUGGAUAUGGGUAAAAGAUUUCGAUACUACCGGCUGAAAAGCAGCAAGUUGUCAAAAAACAUGUAAUUCCAUUCCCAGAAACGUUACAUUACAUUCCCACUUACGUUUUAUUUUUUGUUAUCCAUUUAAACCUUGUUUUAUAAAUAAUCCAAUAAAAA